AAUGGAUUAGGAAUUAGAAUUGUAGGUGGCAAAGAAAUCCCUGGACAUAGUGGAGAAAUUGGAGCAUAUAUUGCCAAAAUUCUUCCUGGGGGAAGUGCAGAACAGACAGGGAAACUUAUAGAAGGGAUGCAAGUAUUGGAAUGGAAUGGAAUUCCUUUAACUUCUAAGACAUAUGAAGAAGUCCAAAGUAUCAUUAGUCAGCAAAGUGGGGAAGCAGAAAUAUGUGUAAGACUGGACCUCAAUAUGUUAUCAGAUUCUGAAAAUCCUCAGCACCUGGAACUUCAUGAACCACCAAAAGCUGUGGAUAAAGCAAAGUCCCCAGGGGUUGAUCCCAAGCAGUUGGCAGCAGAACUCCAGAAGGUUUCACUCCAGCAGUCACCACUGGUCCUGUCUUCAGUCGUUGAAAAGGGAUCUCACGUUCAUUCAGGUCCAACAUCAGCAGGAUCCAGUUCUGUUCCUAGUCCUGGGCAACCAGGGUCUCCUUCAGUAAGCAAAAAGAAACACAGCAGCAGCAAGUCUACUGAUGCAACAAAGGUUGUCUCUCACCCAAUAACAGGAGAAAUCCAGCUUCAAAUCAACUAUGAAGUUGGGAAUCUCAUAAUACAUAUCCUCCAAGCAAGAAAUCUUGUCCCCAGAGACAACAAUGGUUAUUCUGACCCUUUUGUUAAAGUAUACCUUCUUCCAGGGCGAGGACAAGUCAUGGUUGUCCAGAAUGCAAGUGCUGAGUACAAAAGGAGGACAAAGUAUGUUCAGAAAAGUCUUAAUCCAGAGUGGAAUCAAACAGUAAUUUAUAAAAGUAUCUCCAUGGAGCAGCUUAAGAAGAAAACACUGGAAGUGACAGUCUGGGAUUAUGACAGAUUUUCUUCCAAUGAUUUUCUUGGGGAGGUAUUGAUUGAUCUAUCUAGCACAUCCCAACUCGAUAACACUCCUAGGUGGUAUCCUCUCAAAGAACAGACUGAAAGCAUUGAUCAUGGAAAAUCCCAUUCCAGUCAAAGCAGCCAGCAGUCUCCAAAACCAUCUGUCAUCAAAAGCAGAAGCCAUGGUAUCUUCCCUGACCCAUCUAAGGACAUGCAGAUUCCCACCAUUGAGAAAUCUCAUAGUAGUCCUGGUAGCUCGAAAUCCUCAUCUGAAGGCCAUCUCCGCUCUCAUGGACCAUCUCGCAGUCAAAGUAAAACCAGCGUCACUCAGGCCCACCUGGAAGAUGCAGGGGCUGCUAUAGCUGCUGCAGAAGCUGCCGUGCAACAACUCCGUCUUCAACCAACAAAGUCUACCAAUCAACGGCCCGCAGAAAGCUCCGUGUCCACCGGCUCCUCCGGCAGCAGCUUUGGCAGUGGGUAUAGCGUGGACAGUGAAGGAAGCAGCAGCACUGCAGGGGAAAAUAAUCUAUUUCCUAUUCCGAGGAUGUAAGUGGUUUUGUUUUGU